UUUCCCUUGUCUCUCAUAAGAAAAACAAGAAGAGAGGAAGGAGAGAGAAAGGUACAUAACAUAACAUAACAAAAAAGUCUGCCUUCAUCGGCUGGUGAAUCAUUGCCGGCCGGAGCUCGGAAGACAGACCAACACCAAUCUAAACAAAAAUGAUCAUCGAGGGAAAGCUCGUCCACAUUGCCACAAUCGACCCCGAGAGCAGCGGCGACGACGACGAAGUGGACGACCACUUCAUCGACGCCCGCUCCCGGGGCAAAUCCCUCGCCGAGUUCCGCUUCCGUGUCGAGGAAGCCAUCAAAGGAAACUACCUCUUCACGACCAACGACGACGACGAUGACGGGGCCCGCCUGUGGGGCGUGGAGGCGACCGAUGCCGCCGUCCUCAGCAAGUUCCUCAAGGCCAAGCGCUACAAGGUGUACGAGGCCUUCACCGCGCUGCGCAGGACGCUGCGGUGGCGCGCGGACUUCCGCCCGGCCGACGACGAUCUGGCGCCGCCGUGGGACAACGUCUGGUUCGCGAGCGGCGCAGACAAGGAGGGGCGCCCCCUCUGCUACAGCGUCUUGGGGAGGGAGUAUCAGAGGAACCUGAUGAGCAUGGGGCAGCAGAGCUGCAAUGAGUAUCUGAGGUGGAGGCUGCUCUGCCUCGAGAAAGGCAUCCGCCGUCUCAAUUUCCAGUCUGGCGGCGUCGACUCCAUCGUCCAGAUCGUUGACAUGAGGCACGCGGGCGGGCCCACCACCAAGGAGAUGAAGCUCAUUGGGAAGAAGAUGAUCGCGUUGCUCCACGAUCAUUAUCCCGGCAUCGUCCACAAGAAUCUGAUCAUAAAUGUGCCAUCGUGGUUUCUGACGCUGAACGCUUUGAAGCUGCGGUUGGUGACGAAGAGGAGCAAGAACAAGUUCAUAUUUGUGAAGCAAUCAAGAGUUACAGAGACACUUCUCAAGUACGCUACCAUAGAGAACAUACUGGUUCAAUACGGCGGGCUGAGGAGAGAGAACGACACAGAAUUCACAACCGAAGACAAAGUUCUCGAAGCUUAUAUUAGAGCAAAUGGCACUGAACUCAUACAAAUACCCGUCGAGGUAGGGGUGAGUGUAACCUGGGAUAUAACUGUGAUUGGAUACGACGUGGCGUAUAGAGAAGAGUUCGUGCCAGAAGACGAUUGCUCAUACAAGAUCUUGCUGCAAGAGAAGAGGAUGGGAGAGGGCAUGAGAAACUCGUUCUACAUAAGAGAGGAAGGGAAGAUUGUGAUAAGCAUAGUGAAUCAUUCAUUCACAAGGAAGAAGGCUUUCUACAGGUACAAGACCAAGGCAAGUAUGCCUAUCCAUAGGAUCCACAAUUGAACUCACCAUUUCUACCAAAUCACAUUACUUAGGUUUUCGGCUAAACAAAGCAAUUCUAUCUGCAUGCGGUAAUAAAAACAUCAGAUAAUGUUGCUAAUUGUAGUUGAUUUUCGAUCGGUUGACUUUUUCUUUUUUUUUUGUUCUGUUUUUGGGGUUUUGUAAUGUGAGAUAUCCGCGGCUACUAGCUAGCUAGAGGCGUGCUGCGAGUAAAUCUCGACAUGUUUGAUUUUUGCUUAUUGGUUCUAUGUAAUUUUUUGUGGAUGGCAA